UUGUAAAAACUGAAAACAACACUCUCAUUGGCAUUAUAUAUCCUCUCACAACAACAUCAACUGAUCAAAGUGCUUGGUAAGGGCAUAAUAACUACCUACAUAAAAGUUGCAUUAUACUAUUACCCAUUAUCCAACAGCAGCAGCAUCCAUUGUUUUACACACCAUACCUGUAUCAUUACAAUAGAAUAGUAGAAGCUAGUAUAAAACCCUUUUCUUUCUACAUUCUCUCCCUCCCUCCCUUCUCAAAACUUCUUUUUCAGUUUUGAUUAUUGUCACAGUCUGAUACUGCUUCUGCUUCUGCUUCUGUGAGAGAUAGUAAUAGUAAUAGUAGUAUAGAAUAGAUCCCUAGCUAGGCAUCUAACGGUUUAAACCACAUAUUUUGAAAAAGGGACCAUAACAUAUCAGUAUUCAGUAGUAGUAGUUGAUGGCGAUCGUUUAGUCUCUAUCACAUCAACACCCCCCUCUCAUAUUUACUCCUUUUUCAUCACCUAUUUUUUCUUGAUCUUGAGAACUUCAUUUCUUGGUCCCUUUCUCAUUCUCAUCCCCAAUCAAAAACAUUUUUCCAGUACUUUCCUUCGCAGGUUUCACGGAGAAGAAGAUCGAAUUAGCCAACAAACUCCUAAUUAAGCCUCUACCAUGGACGAUAAUAGCUUAUGCGAUAUUUUCGACGACAAAGAGUUUGGGAGCGACCAUUUUGGUGGGGAUGAUCUCUUCGCCAUUUUGGAGAGCCUAGAAUCGGACUUCACCACCGAUUUCCCUCCUCUCAUUAACGAAGAAGCUGUUGUUGCAGCAGCUGUCUCCAAAGACAUUAAUAACGAGGAUGUCUCAAGAUUGGUGUCUCAAAAGUCAACCUCUUCAAGUGCUCCACUAGAUUCCGAAACUGAGCUUGAAACCUCUCCCAAAACCAAGAGACAGAAGCUUACUCCUACUACUCCUGAGGAAGCAAACCCAGAUGGACAACAAAAGAUGUCUCACAUUACCGUUGAACGCAACAGGAGAAAGCAAAUGAACGAACACUUGACCGUGUUGAGGUCGCUUAUGCCUUGCUUUUAUGUCAAAAGGGGAGAUCAAGCAUCGAUAAUUGGAGGAGUGGUUGAUUACAUCAGCGAGUUGCAGCAGGUGCUGCAAGCCCUGGAGGCCAAGAAGCAAAGAAAAGUCUACUGCGAAGUCCUGAGCCCUAGGCUUGUUUCAAGCCCAAGGCCUUCACCACUGAGUCCUAGGAAGCCCCCUUUAAGCCCGAGACUAAACUUGCCUAUAAGCCCAAGAACUCCACAACCAGGAAGCCCUUACAGGCCAAGGCUGCAUCAGCAGCAGCAUGGCUACAACAACAUCAUUUCACCAACCAUAUCCAACGUCUCUCUCGACCCUUCUCCCACUUCUUCUGCCAACUCCUCCAUCAACGAUAACAUCAACGAGCUUGUUGCAAACUCCAAGUCCCCCACUGCUGACGUGGAGGUCAAGUUUUCGGGUCCUCAUGUUCUUCUCAAAACGGUGUCUCAACGAAUUCCAGGGCAGGCUCUGAAGAUUAUAACGGCACUUGAAGAUCUUGCGCUUGAAAUCGUUCAUGUCAACAUUAACUGUGCUGCGGAUGAUACCAUGCUAAACUCAUUCACUAUCAAGAUUGGAAUUGAAUGCCAACUCAGUGCCGAAGAACUCGCUCAACAAAUCCAGCAAACAUUCUACUAAUUAUAAAAGAUGGGUUAUGUUUUGUCCAGAGUCCAGACCAAACAUCAGCUUGCACGCAUCCCUCUCUCUCUCUCUCUCUUCUCUUAUUGCGCUGUACGUACCUUGCUGUACAAAUAACAGAGAACAUGGGAAGAGCCAUAUUUAAUUUUUCAACCAUUUAUCAUUUUCUUUCUUUUUAAUUAAUUAUUACAGCAAUUGCUAGUGUAAUUCCUCAUGAUGACAAGUAUUAGCUAGUUAUUAUAGAGUGACACUACUCUCUUGUAAUUGUUUUUUUGGAAGGAACUACUACUCUCUUGUAAUUGACCACCGUCCCAGCUUUGAUUUGUGUAUGAAUUAGAUUUCCAUUUCCCAGAUUGAAACACUCGUCAA